AUGGAAGUGAUGGACAGCUGCCAGUUCUCCCCAUCCGAGCUAUUCUAUGACAGUUCCUGCCUCUCCUCCCCGGAGGGCGAGUUCCCCGAGGAUUUUGAACCCCGGGACCUGCCUCCUUUCGGAGGCCCCGAGCCCCCCGAGGCCACCUGCUCCGAGGAAGAGGAGCAUGUCCGAGCUCCCACUGGCCACCACCAGGCCGGCCACUGCCUCAUGUGGGCUUGCAAAGCCUGCAAGAGAAAAUCCACCACAAUGGACCGUCGGAAGGCGGCCACCAUGAGGGAGAGGAGGAGGCUGAAGAAAGUGAACCAGGCUUUUGAGACCCUGAAGCGAUGCACCACUGCCAACCCCAACCAAAGACUCCCCAAAGUAGAGAUCCUGCGAAACGCCAUCAGAUACAUCGAGAGCCUCCAGGAGCUCUUGAGGGAACAGGUAGAAAACUACUAUCACCUGCCGGGACAGAGCUGCUCUGAACCAACCAGCCCCACUUCCAGCUGCUCCGAUGGGAUGGCUGAUUGCAGCAGCCCCGUCUGGUCGGCGAGAGGCAGCAGCUUCGACGCCGUGUACUGCUCCGAGAUGGCCCACGGGUACGCCGCCGGGCAGAGCAGCUCCUUGUCCAGCCUGGACUGCCUUUCCAGCAUCGUGGACCGCCUGUCCCCGGCGGAGGAGCCGGGGCUGCCUCUCCGCGACGCCGACUCCCUCUCGCCCAGCGCCAGCAUCGACUCGGGGCCGGGGACGCCCGGAACGCCGCCGCCCCGACGGACCUACCAUGCGCUAUGA